AUGAUGCUUUCAGCACGCAAAUGGCGAAUGUUCCUUGUGGCCGUGGCCACGUUGUUAGUGGUUAGUGUGCUUUAUUCCAAACGAGAGCGUUAUGAAGCUCCAAAAACUCCUGUGGCUGUUCCAGAAGCUGCGAAUGGGAAAGGCGGGAAGUCUCUCAUUGAAUCAACAAACAAUGACAAGGUGGACGCGGCCAUCAACAAUGAGAUCUCGAAACACAAAGAUGGUGAAAGCAGUGGAACAAAAGCAAAUAAAGAAGAGGCUGCUGCAGAUGAUUUCGAUCCGGCAAAAGAGUUUCUCGAGAUACGGUCUAUUGCACCCAUGACUGUGUUUUCCAAAACGUACUGUCCAUACUCGCAACGGUUGAAACAGCUUUUGCGUGAUAACUAUAGCAUCACACCAGAACCUAUUAUUGUCGAGUUGGAUAAACACAAACACGGCAAGGAGCUCCAGGAGUACUUGAAAACUAUAACGGACAGAAGCACUGUGCCUAACGUUUUAGUCGGUACCAAGAGCCACACAAGCCGAGGAGGUAGCGACGACUUUCUCUCGCUUCACAGCGAGAACAAAUUGGCCGAUAUGUUGAACACCUGGGGCGACAAGGAGUUAUCGGCCAAGCGCAUUGAGGCACCAUCUAAUGUCUAG